AAAGAGUAAAUUAAAUAAUUAAAGAUUUAAUAUCUAUAUACGAUACUAUAGUUUUUUAGAGUGAAUAAUUUAUUGCAAAAAGUAGCCCGUAAUGUGAUUUUUGACAAUACGGGUUUGUGAAACCAGCCAAUAUCUCAAAAACUGUGUAGGGUAGUGAGAUCUGUGAAGUACACUUUUUUUGGACAAAAAUAUUGAAAAAUAGAUACCUUUAACUGAAAUUAAUAUAAAAAUAAAAUCGCAAAAUUUAAAAGGUUUUGAAUAAGGGUGUAACAACACUAUAAAAUAUAGAAAAUAGGCCACAUUUUAAUUUGCAAUACAGGCAAACACUUAAUUACUAAUUCUUAAAACUAGAAAAAGUUAAAACUAGAAAUAUUUUGUUUAACAGUAUGAAGGGUCUCAUCGCGAUUAUACAGGAUGUCUGCGAUUAUACAGGAUUGAAUAAAUGCAAUCUAAAAAUUGGAAAAAUGCCAAAUACUUCCUAAUAUUCAGGAAAAAGGUGAAAUUUGGCAAAAUGGUUUUUUUAUUUUUUUCUGGCGUUAUUUGAAAAUAUAAAAUAAAAUCAUUUAUACAUUGUUGUAAACACUUUCUCUCAUUUACAAGUUAACAUCUUUAACUUUUAAAUACGACGUUCCUUCUUUAGAGAGUCAUAAUCAACUUUGUUUCUUCUUGUCGACGCCAUGUUGGCCACUUGCAGUUUUGAAUAACCCUUUUAAUUACUUUAUCAACGAGGUAAUUUCUAGCUAGUAGUUGGAAUCAUCCCUAUUAAAUAUUAUAUACCUCUCUCUCUUUUAAAUACAAUUUCGAAUUUCAAAAAAUUCAAAACAUACUUUAUUCAUAAAUACAUGGUACCUACUUGUUGACAUGGUACUUUUAUGAUAUAAAAUAGGCACAUUAAUCGACAUAUUACUAACACAUAAUUUAAAAACAAUACACAAUAGUGGGUUCAACAUACUAGUAUAAACACAAAAUGUAUUUUCAAUUUCAAAGCAAGACGACUUAAAAUUUUUUUAGAGUAACAUCACAAAUUCUAACCUUUACAUCUUUACUAAAAACUAAUUAUAUACUAUUGGCCUAUUCCUAACUAUCUUCAAAAAAUUCUAAUGCUAUAAAAAUAUUUGCUUUUAAGAAGUUUCGUUAAGGACUUUUUAAAGCGAGGAGACUUUUAUGACAUUUGGAAAAUGAUUAAAAAUUUUUAUGCUCAAGUAAAUAAGAGAAUUCUUAGUUCACUUUUCGGGAUGGGCAUUGGAAUAUUGUAUUUUUUUCUGAUAUUAUAAUGUUUUAAGGAGCCAUUAUUUUGAAGAUACAAUUUAUAUUUUUUGUAUAUUAGUCAAGCAGACUCAACAAUAAACAAGCAAGUAGGUAUCUUAGGAAACAAGGAAACGUCAAACGUAACAAGGAAAGUAUCUUUAAAUAGGGGUCUGCAUGUCCCGUGGAGAUUUAUGACACAUAUAUUUAAUGGCUUGUUUUUUAAAAACAAACAUCGAGUCAAAAAGCCGUUUACUAAUGCAACUCCAAAAUGUUAUUCCAUACUGUAGGUAUUUUUGUAUGAAAGUAAGUUCCAACUUUCGACAAAAAAAAUAUCAAUCUCAGUUCAUUUAAAACCAUUCUAACAGCAUAACAUCGUCUAGCCAGUUUUUGCCUCCUGACAUAUCUCCAUAAAACUUAGGUUUAUGAUCGAUAACAAUUCCAAGAAAUCUGUUAAAAUUAUUCACUUCCAAUUCUUUGUUGUGAAUCAUGAACUGCUCUGAGCAUAAAAACUUAACAAUUUAGUCUUAUCUAUGUUUAAAGACAUCAAAUUAGCAUCAAACCACUGUUUAAUCAUUAAUAAAUCUUUAGAAAUUGUUCUAGGUUAAUGUGCUUUUAUUAUUGUUCAUAAGAUAGUGGUGUCAUCUGCAAAAAUAGUGAAGAAUCCUCUUAUCUGGAGAGACCCCAGGUCAUUUAUAUACAAUAGAAAUAAAAUAGGACCGAGAAAUGAACCCUGCUUACUACACAAAGUUCAGACAAACUGCCAUUUGGCCAAACAAACUUUUUUCUGUCUAACAAAACAAAAUUUUAACCAUUCUAGAGCAACUCCCCUAAACCCAUAUCUAGAAAGCUUACCGAGCAAUAUUCCAUGGUUGACACAGUCAAAGUGUUCGAAGAAUGAAGUCGCAGAAUACCGCUGCAGCAAAGUGACCUUCUUCAAGCUCAAAUAUAAUCUCUCCAGGAAUGAAAACAUUACUCGACAUUCAUUUAAUAUGUUAUUUUUUUUUAAUUAGGAAAGCUACCAUUCGUACUAUAACCAGUUUCUCAAUAACUUUAAAGGCUUUUUAGGCUUUAUUUUUAUCUUUUUCAUGAAUGAAUUUCAUCAUGAAAACAAUUAUUGAAAAUACUUAAAACACUAAAGACCAUAAACAUAAUAUAUUGAUUUAAAAUUUUCUUAAAGUAAAAAAAAGAAAAAGAGAAAAUGGCUCUCAUAGACAUGAAGAGACAGUAUUUUUAAGAGUUCGGAUUGAUUUUUGUAGAUAAAAUAGAUAAUUUUCUGUGAGGUUUAUAAUUAGAUUUUUUUAAAGAUUUUCUAAUAAGAUUUUGAGAUUCCCAUAUUAGGUUGUUAUAAAUCAAAGUCUUAAUUAAUAUACGCACACUGAUUAAUUUUGCCUAAAGAAGCCAUCGUCUCACAAACUAAACACAUUUACAUAUAUAUAUCUAUUUGUGAUUAUGAUAUCCAAGAAAAAUUUUUAACAACUACCAAAUUGCAAUACGGCAAACACGAACCUGUGCAAAAACUCUCCCACACGACUCGGAUGAUCGGCCGAUUACUAAUGAGAAGCGACGGACGAAAUUAUUUUCGCGCAUACUGGAGAGAAUCGCCAUCUAUUUUUCACGCAUAUUUGCGGUCACGUUUUAGCCCAUAAGGUUGCGUAUCUUCCCAAAUAUUCAAUCAACGGUAUUAUUUAAAUAGUAGAUAGGUACACUUUUACACUACCAUAAACUUGUGUAGUUUAGAAUUUACUUAUUUACCAAAAUGGUAUGUGAUUAGUAGAUGGUUUAAGUUAUAUUUGAAGAAAUUUAACGAGAAAUUUCGGAUAAAAGCAAAAUGGCUCCCCGUGUCAGCUCUCUCUUUAAGCGAGAACUUCGUGAAGGUGACGAUGUUCAAUCAGAAAAACCACCCAAUCCAGUGACAGAAAAAAUAUCGUCGAGCACAAGUACUACAGUGAACCCGCCAGUAUUUACCGGUCCAGUUGAUUCAGAAGGUCCCCGCAUCUUUAUGAAUAAAUCGUAUCAUCCAUCUCAUGGUCGUACGACCCCAUUUGUGCUAGCGCCAGCUGAUACCAAACCUACUAUUGUAAGUUCUACUAAAGAACCUGCUAAAGAAAAUGCCUUACAAGAAGCUAUGGAUAAAUUGCAAAAAGAAACAAAUAUGGAUCAAUGGGUAUUGGUUACGAUCUUGAUUGCAAUUUCGGUCGUAAUAUUGGGAAUAUGCUUUUGCUGUAUAAGACGCUGCUUCCGAAAGAGAAGAUCAAAGGACAAAAAGGGAAUGAAAGGAGCUGACCUAAAAUCCAUUAACUUGCUCGGCUCGUCAUACAAGGAACAGGUUCAGCCUGAUAUGGAUGAAUUAACAGCGAACGCGGAAGAGCCUGAUGAAGGGGAAAAGCCAGAAGUUCAAAAGCUUGGAAAGCUGCAAUUCAAGCUGGAAUAUGACUUUAAUCAAAACAGCUUGUCCGUAACCGUAAUCCAAGCGGAAGACCUUCCAGCCCUGGAUAUGGGUGGUACCUCCGAUCCAUACGUUAAAGUCUAUCUACUACCAGAUAAAAAGAAAAAAUUUGAAACCAAAGUUCACCGGAAAACCCUCAAUCCAGUUUUUAAUGAGACGUUUGUAUUUAAGAGUAUGCCCUACUCCGAAGCGAUGAACAAAACACUAGUGUUUGCCAUAUUUGACUUCGAUCGAUUCUCUAAACACGAUCAAAUUGGCGAAGUCAAAGUGCCUCUUUGUCAGAUCGAUUUGGCACAAACCAUCGAAGAAUGGCGUGAACUGCAAAGCGUUGAAGGAGAAGGUGGCCAGGACAACAAGUUGGGAGAUAUUUGCUUCUCUUUGAGAUACGUACCAACUGCAGGGAAACUAACUGUCGUCAUUUUGGAAGCUAAAAAUUUAAAGAAAAUGGAUGUUGGUGGACUCUCUGAUCCUUAUGUUAAAAUUGCCCUGAUGCAAAACGGCAAACGGUUAAAGAAAAAGAAGACCAGUAUCAAGAAAUGCACACUAAAUCCUUACUACAAUGAAUCGUUUACCUUUGAAGUACCAUUUGAACAAAUCCAGAAAGUAAAUCUAGUCAUAACAGUUGUCGACUAUGACCGAAUUGGCACCUCAGAGCCUAUUGGAAAAGUUGUGUUGGGUUACAAUGCUAGUGGAACCGAGCUACGCCACUGGUCUGACAUGUUAGCCUCGCCACGUCGACCGAUAGCACAGUGGCACACGCUUAAGGAUCCCGAAGAUGAAAAGAAGGACUAAGAAAUUAUUAUUAUUGCCGCCUAAACCUAGAAGUUAUAUUUAAAUAGUGUCCCGCAUGUUUUAUGAUAAUCCAAUGGAUCAACCAAACCUUAUUUCCAACGUUGGUUACUGCAAAUAAAUGUAAUUAUGUUGAUAAAAAUGUUUAGAUUUAGGCCUUUAUUGCCGCUGUAAAUCCUUUACCCCUGACUAUAUUUAAUCUAUGCUUUAUAUCACAAAAAAAAUACCUUUAAAGUAUCCAUAUCGAUUGUCCAGCCUGAGAAAAUUUAUUUGAGGUUGUGUUUUUUCCAAAUUCAUAGAAGCAUGAUUAUCUAGCGGUCUUUACUACAUUAAAAAAAAAUAUAGCAACCAGCAUGAUGUAGAAACUCAUUAUUAUAUAGUAGGUCCUCUUGUUUUUUAUUUAAUAAGAUGCUAAACAAUUAUGUUAUGUAAACCUUCAGAAGCUUUAAGAAUUAGUUAAUACAUUAUGUACUCUAAAAGACAGGUGAGGUGUAAUAAAUCUACUUAAUACCUUGCAAUUAUUUUAGAAUAUAAUUGCAAGCUAUAUACCAAGAUAAGUAGAAAAACAUAAAAUUCAUAUAUAUGACUAACAACUGCUAGACAGAGUAGAAUAUGUAGACUUAGCACGUUUGACAAGACAAUAGUUUAUAUAAUGCAAUUAAUUAUUUACUUUAAGAUUAGUUUUUUAGUCAUUGUAAAAAAAUGGAAAGUUGCACAAACAAGGUUAAAGAAAAUUACGGUUUAUAAAUGUCAUUUUACUAAUUUGACAGCGAAAAGAGAUUGACAAUUUAAGGAUGUCUUUAAGCAUUUAUCUGAAUUAUAAUGGGAAACAUUUUGCCCUAAUAUUUAAUUAGGAAUAUAAUUUAAAUAUUAAAUUCUUCAUUUUCUAGUAGGCUAUUAUCAAGUCUUUAUCACGGAAUAUGCUCAAUUCUAAAGAAUAUUAAAUGCUGCUGUAUAUUUUAAAUUAAAUCGUGCUUAUUAGGUAUUUUCUUAAAAUAUUUUUUUUUCGAAAAUCCGUAUCCAAUUAAGUUAUGCUUAAAAAAUUGAAUGAAAAUUACAAAACAACAUAAUUUUUUUUCUUGCCUUUCUAAUAAAAUACAUAUUAACUUUUUUUAAUAUUCAAUUUAAUGUAUCCUUACAAGAACUCCCGGAAUAGCUACAAAUAAAUAUUUUUUUAAAUAUAUAGAUUGCCACUUAUUUAUUGGUAUAAAUUACAUUCAUUAGUCAUGUUACUAAUAAUUUUAAGGGCAUUUAUUUGUACAUCAAACUUUUUAAUUAACUUUUUAGUUAAUCUAAGUGUUUUACUUUUCAAAGAACUUUCUGGUAAAGAACAUUAAGGUCGCAUUACUUACUUCAAGGGAUAUUGUGGUCUAAAGAGUAAUUUAAUAGUUUCAGACGAUGAUUAAGAGAUACAAAUAGUAAAGACAUAAAAGAGGAAUAUUUCUUUAACAAAGCUUACCAUAAAGCCUUAAAUUAAAUAAAGAUAGCUAAAUAGUUGAACUCUAAUGCAGCUAAAUAAAUUGCCAAGAAAUAUUUUAUUAUUAAUUAAAAGUAGAUAAAUUCGAAAGCUAAUAACGAAAUUAAGUAGAAAAAUAAUUUUUAUUCAUAUUAUCUGAUAAGCGUCUUCACAUUGAAUAUCAAAUAAGGUGUUGUUUCUAGUUUUCAUCUAUUGUAACAUUUUUGUUCAAGAAAUUAUAUCUUAUAAUCUCAUAUCAACCUAAUUAAUUAACUUUGUCAACAGCCAAUUUACCUACUUACUUAAUGUGUUCUUCAGUAGAAUCAAGUGAAAUAGUAUCAAAAGUAGUAUUUACUGAAGGAAAAUAAAUGACAAUCAAAUAGAGUUUAGAAUAUUCGUAAGAACCAAAGGAGCUCUAUUAUAAGUGGGUAAAAUAAAGAUUUCUGGCAUUAACACGCUUUUAUUGUGAAGCUACUAGAACAUUUUCAUUAAAACAUCUUAUUGAAAACCUUUAUUAUUAUUAUUAUGAAUUUUGAUGGUACUAACUUUGGAGAACUUAAAGUAUUUCCAUGCUUGAAGAAUUGAUUUAGCCCUGCAAGUACUCUAUUGAGGUUAAUAUAACCGGACAAUUUUAAAGAAUUACAGAAUAGUUAAAGAUGUGGCGCGCAAAAGUGCUAAAUUUCUUUAAUGGAAACUCAAGUUACAAUAUAAAUAGGGAAAAAGAAUAUUCAAGGUGCAUAAAAUUAUGUAGAAGUUAUGAGACAAAUAGUUGGAGAUUUUAGAAAAAUAAAACACUAGUCAGAG